AGAAGCAAACUGAAUAUGACACACGCGUAUUUGGUUUUGUGGUUUGGUGUUAUGGCUGCAAGUUCAUUGCGCCCAUUUUGGUGUUGAUUUUAGCCUAUUGUACAUUUAUGGCACAUCCCAUCGAACUCAUGGACAUUGACGAAGAGAAAUUUCAUAUAAAUUUGCAUAUCGCGCGCAUUUUCUCAUUUCUUGGCAUUUUAGUACAUUUUGUGAUGAUUUCUGCCAGCUUCGUGCAUCGGGAUCACUCGCUGUGGCAGCGCAAUCCCUUCCGCAAUAGCAUUUGGUUCUUCACCUGCAGCUGCACACUACUUCUGCAUGUAGUUGUUUGUGCAGUGCAGAUUUUCCUGCACGACACCUACUUCAAAGAGGCAUGUGGCAUGUGGCCGGCAAUAGUUUUUCUCUACUGUGGAAGUUUGAUAAGUCUGACUAUCACAGAAAUAUGCAAGUGGCAGGAAAUUAAGGUAAACACGCGUUAUCAGCGGCGUGCGAGACUAGACUUUGGCACCAAGUUGGGCAUGAAUUCACCUUUUUAAAAAGCGACUGAACAAAAGCGAUGAGUAUUCAACAAUCUAAAGAGACUAAUUUCGACAUCAAAGAAAUAAAAAACAAAACGAUGCAAGGACGAUGCAUUAAAAAGACCAUAAACUAUUAUUAUAAAAACUACUUAAAGAACACAUUAAAAAAACAAAAAGAUAAGCAAUUCAAGACGUAGUGCCAAGGCUGCGGCUAAACUAAAUAAUAACGAAAUUAUGGAAUCACAAAAUAAAUAAAAAAAUCAAACUUAUUUGUACUUAUGUGUCGUUUUUGAAAUGCGAAUGCGCCGCUGACACUAUUUAAUAUUAAAGCCUUUCAUCAAAUUCGCUAACGAUGAGCAAUAUGCAUUUACAUCCAUAUGCCAACGAAAAAAAAUAAUAGCAGUGACCAACUUUGGUUUUUUUUUUUAUAUGUUUGAAAUGUGGAUUUAUAUA